CUUAUGUAGUACAAUGACAAAGAUAAGUAACGUUAACGGACAGUAUAACUGGACUUUUGAAGGAUCAGGAUGGAAUUUCACACGCUUAUUCUAGCCGGUAUUCUGUCAGUACUGAGCUAUGCUGAAGGAUAUCCGAUCCAUGCUUCAUGUAAAAUUCAGUGGAAUUUCCCGUCGGUGACAUGUGCAGAUUUUGGUUCCCGGAUUGUUGCUCAAGCUAAAAAAUGGGAAACAGCAGACAACUGUGCAAAUGGAGGGGAGAAAUGUUUGUAUAAAGUCUCUUCACAAAGCGUUACUGAAAUCAAAGGAACACACGAGACACCCGUGAAACAUUAUGUUGAUGAUCUCACUUUCACAAUGAAACCCUCCGGAAGUGGAUGUAACGUUGAUGGCUUUUCAACAUCUGAAACUUGGUACGCGUAUCUGGAUUACAGUACGAACUACUGUAACCUGAAUAAUCUCAUUACAGGUGCUGGUUUGAACGCUACUCAGGGAUACAAGGAGACGACUAGUGACGAUGUAUGUACACAAUACAGUAGCCGAAACUGUGAAAAAUACUGAGCGUUUGCCAUUCACUGAUUCGACGUGAAAUAAAUAUUUGAUGGUUUAUAAGUCAUGUAUUUACUUGUAAUAAAGAAAAGUCUAGUGUCA